AUGGCAGAGAUGGUCUACGAUUAUCCUCGCCGCGACGAGGAUGAGGAUGCCUGCAUCAUCGUCAACGCCAAGUCAGGCAAGCCCGGUAGCAGCGGCAAGAAAAGCGAUGGCAUCCAGUCUGUUUCUGCCCCUGAGAAGAAGUCAGACAAACCGUACACCAAAGAUGCCUCGACCGCUAGCAAUAAUAAUGAUUCUACUUUCGCAAAGGCAAAGAAACACACUUGCAAUAAGAAAGACCCUAAUGCGCCCAAGCGUCCCCGCGGUCGACCUCCAAAGAAAAAUGUCACUGCUUCGUCCAAUACCAAAGACACUGCCAUCGUGCUUUCCGAUGAUGAGGACGCUGAAUCUGGUCCGUCUGCGAAGAUAAAAGUUAUUGCUUCGUCGACUAAGUCCAAGCAGAGCACUCUCCCUCCAGUCCCUGCCUUUCCUGUUGAGCCGCAUCCAGCCAAAAUUAGUACUGGUGGCGGUUUCACUGCUUCUCAUGGCUAUGACAUGGCCCCUCCUACCAUGCCCGCUCACCAUCAUGGCUAUGGCGGUCCUCACAUGCACGCCGCCGACUCCCAAGACGUAAUCUAUGCCCUCCAGCACGAUCUCACAGCUGAGCGUUCUCUGCGCAUCCAACUCGAAGCCGAGUGUGCGCACCUCCGUGCUGCCCUAGCCGAUCACGAGGCUCAAUUCGUCACACGCCUGGCCAAGGAGACACAAGCGAUGCAACAACGGCUGCAGGAGGUCAUUAGGGAGAGGGAUGAACUCGGAGCGGCCUAUGGCGGGGUUAGUGUUAGGGUUCAGGCGCUGGCUGGUGAAGUUUCUAUGUUGGAAAACAAGUUGAAGGAAGCAGAAGAGGAGAAUCAGAGGCUUAGGGCUCAGAUUCAGAAUGAGGUUGAUAAGGAUGAGCUGACUGUGGCUCAUCGUAUAUAUAAGAGGGAGGGGACUCCAAUCCCGGUUCUUCGGCGGGCUGGGGAUGAUACGAUGAGCAUGGCUGAGAUGGUCAACGCGGCUGAAACGAGUGCUGCUGGUGAUCUUAUGCAGCUUGUUGACAAUAACAACAACAACCGCGACAUUGGCCCAGCCAGUCCUGUUAAUGAUCACGCAGCUCACUUCAACCACACUACCCAACAUCGUGAUCGUUACCCCUCAACCAAGCAUCGCGACUGCGCAGUUUCUGUGGGUGAGCCUCGUAUUGCCGCUCCCACAACGUGUCCCGAGACCUUUUGUCCUCCCGAACAUGGUCUCACGAGCCUUAGCGGCACGAUCCGGCAGCAUCACGAUAGCCACCAGACCAAUAUCUCUUCAGCUGCCGACCGUGCCGUCGACCGCGCUUAUCGCGUCCGCUCCCCCUCCGAGUCCGUCAGCGUUCGGUCUUGCUCCCAGGCGAAUAUGAAUGAUCGCAAUCGCUCCCUCUCUCCGCGUCCCCGCACCGUGCCCCCUGUCAAUCCAAAUGAUGCAGCUCUAUCCGGCCAGUUACCUUACAACAACCCCACGGUUCCGGGCCGGAGUCCGGUCCCCAACAGAGAUGACGAUGUCUUCCUCCCGGGCCAAAACGAAACCCACGCCUCCUUACACCGUGCUUUCGUAGAUAAGUACGGCUCCCUCUCCCGUGAGCAGCUUGCUGCGGCUUUACGCAACGCGGAGUUGGCUGCUGCAGAAGUGUGCGAUGAGCUGUUAGAGGCGAGGGAGAAGUGGCAUGUUGCGAAGGAUAGGUUAGUUGAGGUUGAGGAAGAGCUGGGGGAGGUGAAGGGAGAGCUGGAGAGGAUAAAGGGGGUGGUUGAGAGGGUAAUGAGGGAGCAUGGGGAGCAGGCCGGUGAUGGCGGUACCAGGGAGGGUGAUACCGUGGAGGAGAAGACUGGGACUGAGCUCGAGAGCGCUGAUGCUUCCACAGCGAUGACUACAACCGGCCAGAACAACGCGUUAGGCGAGCUGCCCACCGACAUCCCGAUUCUGCACAACAUGUUAGCAAACCUGCGCAGCGAGCGCAACAACCUGCAUGCCGAGCUAUACCAGCUCCAAACCCGCCUGAAUGACCUGCAGAUCAUGCACGAAAAAACGAAAGCCGAGCUUGCAGAGCGCAAUAAAGAAUAUGAUGAAGUCGAAGCCGAAGUCCGCGCGGGCCAAUCACACUGGGCACAGGAAAUCCGCCUGAUGAACCUGAAGUUGGACAUGCUGCGCUCUGAGGCGUCCACCAGCUCCUCCACCAUCACCUCCCUGCAGGCACAAAUUUCCGAUCUCGAGAAAGAAAAGAUCAAGCUUGUGGAGGAGAAAAGGGAAUUGGAGUCCAAGCUCGAAAAGGUAAAGAAGGAGUUCGAGGAUGAAGGUAGGAAGCUGGUUAAAGAGAUGAACGCCAGCUGGGAAGAGGAGGUCCUGUGGCUUGAGGGGGAGCUGGAUCGGGCGAGGGUGGAGUGUGAGAAAUUGGGGGAGGUGUGCAAGAGACAGAGGGAGGAGAUUCGGGAAUUGCGGGAGAGGUUGGAGGAGAUGGUGAAGAAGGAUGGGCUGUUGAACAUGGAGUUGGACACUCUAGGGGCCAAGCAUACAGAGACAAAGAAUAAGAAGGCAAAGGAUGGGCAUGCUAAGGAUGAGAAAGGUAAAUGA